GUUCUGUGCAUGUACGCUUAGUGCAUCCCACCUUUGUGUGACCACUUGUCCACAAUGACGGCGCUCUCUUGGUUGGAGAAAUUGGACUGUAUGCCUGCCCUCGCGGCGCUCAUUGGCACUGUUCUUUGGGCCUUGGUCACCAGUCGCUGGCGUAAUCAUUAUUAUCCUUCAACUCUGCUGUUACACGUGGGUUAUGCAGCCAUGCGCAAGGCUACAUCGCGUUUCUCAGUCGCCCAGCUGCAAUAUCUGCUACCUACUACUGACAACAUUUAUCAGCGAUUCGUGCAGCGCCAUCGUCUCCCUUCAAAGACCGUCGAUCUCAGUGAAGGUGCCUUAGGCCACUGGCUUGGAGAUGAUGAGCAUGCUGAGUAUGUCCUGAUCUGGUAUCACGGUGGUGGCUUCGCCCUUCCCGCCAACGACGGCUAUUUCCACUUCUUCACUCAGCUGCUCUCCCAGGUUCAAUCUAUGCCUAGGCCCAAAUCGCUUGCCAUCUUCACCCUCACCUAUACUUUGGCUCCCCAGGCCACUUAUCCCACCCAAAUCCGUCAAGCCCUUUCGGCACUCCAGUAUAUUCUUCGGGAGACCGAUCGCUCCCCUUCGCAAAUCCUGCUCGGUGGGGACUCCGCUGGUGGGAAUCUCGUCGGUGCCGUCCUCACCCACCUUACCCAUCCCCAUCCAGAUCUGCCACCUCUCUCAUUAUCACCCGGCAGUGCCGCUCACAAUAUCCGCGGCGCCAUCAUGAUUGCCCCUUGGACGAGUCUCGACCAGACCAUCCUGCCUGAGGAUAUUGCUUCCUCGAUUGGAGUCGACGAGUCCCAAAUCGACUCCCGAGGAGAUAUCAUCACCCCUGCCGUGGGAGGGCCAUGGGUGAGAGCAUAUAUGGGCGCCGGCAAGCAUGACUACUACACUGAUCUGUCGACGGCGCCAGCCGACUGGUUCGCGUCCUUCCCUGUGGAGAACGUACUGGUCUGCGCCGGAGGCAGGGAGAUCCUGCUUCCAUUCAUCAUUGCAUUCGCGAAAAUAAUGCAGGAGGGGCUGGGGGCGGAGAAGGUGGAGCUGUGUGUUGGUGAGGGUGAAGGCCAUGUGGCUCCGAUCUAUAAUCUAGCGCUGGGCGAGUGGGCAGAGACAAUCCAAGGGAGGAGGGUGAAAGAUUGGCUGGUAGAAGUGCUGUGAGAAUAUCAUAGUGAUCGCAGCCAAGUCUGUAUACCAGAUGGUAAGAUUG